AUGGCAUCAUCUAAGGAUCAAUCACUUUUGGAUAUUUAUUCUACACCAUUAACAAAUUUUAUUAUUGUAUCAUUAUUUGAAUUACGAUUAAUUGAUCCAUUUAUUGUUACAUUUCGAGCAUUAGCAAACAGAAAAAAUAUCAAUCGUCCUUUCCGUUUAGUUUGCUAUACAAUUCUAAAUAAUUUUCGUGAAUUUUUAAUUCAUGAUGAAACUAUACAUCAUCUUGAUACAUUUUCAUAUUAA